CUCGAGUUGUGGGAUCCGAAUUUUAAUUUUUUAAUUUUUCGAAACCAACCACCUCGUCGAUCCAUCCUCAACACCUGCCAGCAACCCAAUGAACCGAGCCAACCCUUCCCUGCUGAGCCUCAACCCAAUCCAGCAUCAUCUCAACCGAUUCUCAACUCAGAUCCAUUCACAGGCACCAAAGCGGAUCUCACCUUCAUUCAAACCGGGUCCAUUCCGAGGGGCACUGCUAGCCAAGGAGCCAGGAAACACCCAGGAUGAACAACAGAAGCAAACGCCCAUCCAACACGAAUAUUCAGCCUCCCAACUCCUCAGAUCGACAAUCAGCAGCAGCAGUACCACUAAUACCCCCAGAAACUCCUCGAGCAGCUCGAGGUUACACUUCCCGCAUUCUAAGCUGAUCAAGCAGCAUCUCGAGGAAUUGCUCUACCCGCUCUCGUUCUCUGACCAACUGGCGUGCCGAAUCGUUAGCGCCAAGAACCUCAUCAAGUCGCAGGACUCUCUCGACUCGCUCGAACAGCAGACCGAGGGAGGCGUGGGCUUUGCACGACUGGGCGAGCACAAUACCAAGCUCAGCUUCAUCGGUCGUCGGGCCAUGCACUUCGCCCUUUCCAACUUCCUCCUCCACGCCCCUAGAUCUUCAUCUUCAUCAACUCCAGCAUCACCAUCAUCACCAUCCGACGAUCAUCACUCCAAAAGAACCGGGAAAAGUACAAGCGAGGUGGUCGAAGAUGCUCUGCUCACCAAGUUCGUCCUCGGCCAAUACGUCGGCCACCAGUGGGAACUCGAGAAGAUCAUGCGCUGGAGAGAACUCAGCCCGCCUCCUUCAAAGCAACCGUCUUCCUCUGGUGAAGAAACCCAGCCAAGAGUCAUGCAUGGGACCGGUCUGUGGAUGGCCCGAGGACAUGUAGUCGAAGCGAUCGUCGGGGCAGUGAUGGCUGAACACGGCACACGACUCAGUAUGGCGGUCUUCCACUCCCUCGUCCUCCCCCAUCUCUCCUUCCGCCUCGAUCGCGCCCUCCUCCCAGCCAUCAAGGCCGUCCAGACACAUGACCAAGAACUCGAGAAUCCUAGCGCCGGUCUUGUGGACUGGAAGUCUCUAAAUCUGGAUCCCUUCCUCGACCAUCAAGAUCAUCCGGCUACUACUUCCACCACUUCUUCUUUCAGUAGACCUGCCCCUAUCGCUGCGGUCGGUUGACCAUCUUCUUUCUUCCAGCUUUUUGAUUUGCUUUGUUCGUUGUCAAAAUGUGUUUUAUUUUUAAGUAAAGCAACACAAAAAAAUGUGAUUUUUCUUUUUUUUUUUCGUCCUCAUUUGCAUUCUAUUAAAUUUUUUUAGACACAGGUAUGGGAGAAGAGGAGACAGUAUCAACAUAUAGAUAGUGAAACUAAUCAAGAAAGCCAAAAGUGAAACAAGCAAAUAUCCUCUUUUUU